CGAAGGGCGGUGGGGCCGGAAGUGAGUUUUAGUAACCCGGAAGAGGAGUUCUUUCCUGGCUAUAGUGUUGAUAUCUUCCAGCUGCUGCUUGUCCUGCGGCUGAGGGUAUCGUCGCGAAAGGAUGGUGUGCGAAAAAUGUGAAAAGAAACUUGGUACUGUUAUCACUCCAGAUACAUGGAAAGAUGGUGCAAGGAAUACCACAGAAAGUGGUGGAAGAAAGCUGAACGAAAAUAAGGCUUUGACCUCAAAAAAAGCAAGAUUUGAUCCAUAUGGAAAGAAUAAGUUCUCCACUUGCAGAAUUUGUAAAAGUUCUGUACACCAACCGGGUUCUCAUUAUUGCCAGGGCUGUGCCUACAAAAAGGGCAUCUGCGCUAUGUGUGGAAAAAAGGUUUUGGAUACCAAAAACUACAAGCAAACGUCUGUUUAGGUGUAUUGAAGUUUCUGAUUUUCUGUAUGAUCUUACUUUUUGCUUUGAAUUUUCAAGGCACAACUUAGAUGUUCAAGUUACAAAAUAACAUGUCUUAAGACAAUUAAACCAGGGAAGUAGACUGGUAUUCUUUCUUUUGCUGUCAAGAAGGUCAGCAGCAAUGUAACUAGUUUUCUGCCAUAAGCUUUAUUUUCUUUACAAACAUCUUAUUUAACUGGAGUAAGUAACAAAUCUAACAAAACUAUUUUCCUAGUUCUGUAUGCACUUUUUAAUUUAUCAUUACUCAUAUAAUUUUUAUUCUUUUUCCCUCUACAUUAUAGAUAUUGCAAAAGAAGGAAGCUAUUGAUACAUGGCUUUGAAUUUGGCAUUCAGACUUGUAAUCCUUCCCUCAUUCCCUGUUGGUUGUGUAGCUUUAGAAUCAGCCGUUCCUUAAUUGCAGCAUCAUAGGGCAUUUAAAUAUCUGAGCCCAUUGUUGUUUAAUAGUUGCUUAAAUAAAUUAUCCCAGACCCAAAUUAAACAAAAGUUGUUUUUAUGUUAUUUUUUACUCAUUUGUGAAGCCGAAGUGCUUUCAUAUGAGAACAGGAACUCAAGGGACAACCCACAUAUGUCCAAAAAAAUACACUGGAUUUCAGAAAAACACAUAUCACCUUGAAUUCAAAAGCCAGAAGAACAUUGCGCAUCCAUAAUGAUGUAUAGUGAAUGAAUCACCAUUAUUUGGGAAAGUGCUUUGAAGCAGACACCAAACAUUUUUUAACCUCCUCUUCUUUUCCCUCCCCCACUAAAAAUAAAUAGACAAAGCAAA